AUGAUCGAGCGAAAGAUUACUUACCAGCAUUCCUUCAUCGGCCAACAAUUCAUAGCAAAGCUCGAUUUUACCUCCCAAUAUCACUCUUUAUACUGUGCAAGGCUAAAGUCUCUCAAAUAUCGCUGUAUUUCUGCUGACGAGUCUGGGUAUUUUUCUCUCUCAGAAAUAAUGGAAGUCAAAGUCAAUCAAAGCUGUUUAAUUGCAGGAAUUAUUGUUUGUACCUACGCAGACAGAAGCUCUAUAGUAGAAAAAUAUAUAUCGAAAAUAGGGAUUUUAGCUGAUAGAAAGCAGUCAACUUUUUAUAAUAGACGGAAAGAAGAAGAUUUUAUAUAUCUGGAAGACGAGUCAGGAAGGGUCAGACUUGAUCUAAAGCAAUAUUUUGACUGGGAAAAUUUAAUAACUGGUUUAGUUGUAGCUGUAAGAGGAGUAAUGAGAGAAAAUUCUGUUUUAGAAGUUAUCGAAAUAUUUUACCCCUCUGCAGACCCACCAAGACCUUUAUUGCGCAAAGGCGAUGAAUUUAUUUGCUUUAUUUCAGGAAUUGAAAUAGGAAAUCCUUCAUUGGACCCAAUUCUCCUAAAUUUAUUAUCAAAUUUUCUCCAAGGAAACCUUGGAAACGAUUCCGCAGAAGUUGCAAAAAACAUCGUAAGAUUUGUGAUCCUGGGAAAUUCAUUGUAUAAAGCCGAUAAAGAAAAUUCUUUCGAGCAAAAAGCCUACAGUGACAUAAGUGCAGAUAUAGUACCUUCUAUAUCAAAAUCACUAGAGUUUUUUGACACUUUUCUCGCUGAGCUUGCAGGGAUACUUCCUGUUGAUUUGAUUCCUGGAGAAAUGGAUCCGUCGAAUUCCUCAAUGCCUCAGCAGCCUUUAAACCCUUAUUUAUUUCCUUUGGCAUCAAGAUAUUCUGCAUUAAGAAGCUUCCCUAAUCCUUAUGAAUGCAAAAUAGAUGGGAUCCAUAUACUUUGCACUUCAGGGCAGAAUAUUAAUGCAAUAAUGCAGUUCAUUGAUACGCAAGACCCUAUAAAGAUACUGGAGCUAACUAUGAAAUGAAGGCAUUUAGCACCUAACGCCCCAGAUGCCUUAGGAUGUAUCCCCAUGCAAGAUGAUGAUCCUUUUAUUGUAGAGGAUUUGCCUAAUUUGUAUGUAGUUGGAGGGAUGCCAAAUUAUCAGAAAUUAGUUACUGAGGAAGGAGUUCAUUGCAUAACAAUACCAAAGUUCACUUCAAGGCAGCAGGUUGUAUUGGUGAAUAGGUUUACAAUGGAAUCGGAGACCCUCUCAUUUGUAUCUGUAAUACAAGGGAUGAAUAAUUGUUAA